GCUCACCCUAUUGCCUUGCCUGCCUCUAUACAAGAACCCCAUUUUCUCUAGCAGCCGCCUCGACUUCUCUAAACCAACGAUUCCUCUCCCUCUCUCGAUUUGUAUUUACACACUCUCUCUCUCUUCUUUCACUAGAACCAAAAGACACUCUUACCGUUCUAACUCGACAAAAAACAGAGUGCUACGUUUUCUCUUCUUAGUUGUUGAAGAUGGCCAUUGAAAAUCAAGAACCCACUAUCAAGCCUAGAAACAGGAGAAUCUUGGGAGCUGGAGGGCCUGAUGACGAAGAUAAUAGAUGGCCGCCAUGGCUAAAACCUCUGCUAAAGGAGAGGUUCUUCGUUCAAUGCAACUCGCAUGCUGAUUCUCAUAAGAGUGAAUGUAAUAUGUAUUGCUUGGAUUGCAUGAAUGGUGCUCUCUGCUCUGUUUGUCUAGCCUACCAUAAGGACCAUAGAGCAAUUCAGAUAAGGAGGUCAUCAUAUCAUGAUGUGAUAAGGGUAUCUGAGAUACAGAAGGUAUUGGACAUUUCUGGUGUCCAAACGUAUGUAAUUAACAGUGCAAGGGUUGUUUUCUUGAAUGAAAGGCCGCAGCCUAGGCCUGGCAAAGGCGUCACCAACACUUGUGAGGUCUGCGACCGCAGCCUUCUUGAUUCCUUCCGUUUUUGCUCUAUUGGCUGCAAGAUUGUUGGAACAUCAAAGCAUUUCCAGAAGAAGAAGAAGCAACAGAAGGCAAUGAUGUCCGAUUCGGAGGAUUCUUACAGCAGCAGCAGCAGCCAUGGCCAGUAUAAGAACAACAACAACAACAAUGACAAAGCACAGAGUUUCUCUCCAUCAACACCCCCACCAACUUCGGUCAGUUACCGGACAGCCAAGCGAAGAAAGGGAAUCCCUCACCGGGCUCCAUUGGGAGGACUAAUAAUAGAAUAUUAGCACACAACCAACCAGUUGAUAUAUACACGGUAGUAGCAGCUAUAAUUCCAGUGCCCCUUAUUUAAGUCCUUUACUAACCCAAUACUGGAGGCCUUUUUGAUUUAAAAAAGGCUGGUGUGGGAGGUUUAGUCAGUCCUGUGUACAUACAAGAAGCCAAAAAUAUAGAAGUGGGAAGUUGGGAAAUAAGAUGCGCUAAUAAGAAAGCCUUCGUUAGUGUAAUGGGAAAGUUAGUUUGCUAUUUUUAGAGUGCUUAUACAUAAGUUUUGGGUUAAAAUUAUAAAUGUAAAUAGUGUUUUUGUGUCUUUUGGUGGGUUUUUUCUUCUGUUAGCAAAUGUAAGAGGGGAAGGAAAAGAUGAUAAUGUCCAUAAUUAAAUAAGAGAAUAUUUUGUUUUUAUC